AUGGUGAAUCAAAGGGUUGCGCUUCCUACAGCGGUCGUGAAAGCUUCAAACACCAAUACCACCGGAGCGACGGUCUGCAAGGCGCUGAUGGACUCAGCAUCAAUGGGAACAUUUGUAUCUGAAGAUAUAGUCCAACGAUUGCGGCUCUCGCGUAGAAACGGGCGCAUCAAGGUUGGUGGAAUUGGAGAAGCAAAAUCAGUUAUUACAAGAGGUAUCGUAUCACUGCAGCUCACAUCACGUUUCGACAGCAACGUGUCAGUCAACAUUGAUGCUUUUAUUCUGAAUCGCAUUUCACACCAAGAUAAGUCAGAUCCGGUCAAUAUGUCUCAUUGCAGUUUUCCACCAAACCUGAACAUGGCAGACGACGGUUCGCUUAUCUCUCAGCCAAUAGAUGUUCUCAUUGGCCCACAACAUUUCUUCGACUUUCUUACUGAUGGAAAAUUUACCAGCACAGGCUUUUCAACCAUCCAAAAUAUUAUCUUUGGUUAUGUACUUGCUGGCAAAGUGCAUAACGGCGGGGAAGAUAUCUGUUCAUACUCUGUCACUGCCUCAAUUAAUGACUUCAAAGUUGAUCAAGCAUCACGUCGCUUUUGGGAAACAGAGAACGAGCCGCAAGUGCUGAGAAAACUUUAUACUCCGGAAGAACAGUUUUGCGAGAAUCAUUUCCAAAAAACGCAUGGCUACGAUGAUGCUGGUCGGUAUAUUGUAAAACUCCCUUUCCGAGAUGAUUCACCGCGCCUAGGUGACUCUUACACUUCGGCUCGCAAGCAGUUUGCAAGUCUUGAAAGGCGCUUUGAACGCGAUGAAUCUCUUUUCAAUCAAUACAAGGCCUUCAUGGAGGAAUACAUUGCAUUGGGACAUAUGGAAAAAAUCCCUGCCUCUGAGGUCAACAAGAGCUGUGAAAAGGUUUUCUAUCUACCGCACCAUCCAGUUUUAAAGCCUGAUAGCAGAUCAACUAAAUGCAGAGUGGUAUUCAAUGGAUCCGCCAAAUCAGCUUCAGGUGCAGCUCUGAACGAUUUACUUGCAGUGGGCCCUACCAUCCAGCGUGAUUUAACAUCGUUAUUGCUGAACUUCAGACGAUAUCGUAUCGGCCUCUGUGGCGACAUUGUCAAAAUGUACCGACAAGUCCUUGUUCACCAUGACGACAGGGACUAUCAACGCAUCCUGUGGAGAACUAGCGCUGCUCAACCAAUAUCACACUAUAGACUCCGCACUGUCACCUAUGGAACAGCUACCGCGCCAUUCCUUGCCACACGCUGCCUCUACGCUACGGGCAAAGAUGCUGAUGAGCCUCAAACAGGUUUUAUGAUCAAAAAUAACUUUUAUGUUGACGAUCUCAUUGCAGGCGCAACCAGCGUAGAAGAAGCCAUCAACUUAAAAGCAGACAUCACCAAGACGCUUGCUAUUAGGGGUUUCCCGCUCUCAAAAUGGGUUUCAAAUGAUCUCAGCAUAAUUCAAAAUGUUGAUAUGCAAACGUCUGAUGUGGACAUAGCUGAAAUUGAUACCGAGAGCAGUCUGAAGAUUCUAGGCCUGCAAUGGCAACCACUCAAGGACUGUUUUACCUUCAAAGUCGCGCCAGUCGUCAAUGCCUGCACCAAAAGAGUUAUCCUAUCGGAGUCGUCCAAAAUCUACGACGAUAUUCCCGUCGCGUUAUCGCAGAGCUGGCUUACAUUUCGGCAGAACUAUGCUUGCUUCAACUCGCUCCGAAUUCCGCGAUGGGUACACACUAGCCCCAGAGAUAAAUUCCAGCUUUGUGGUUUCUAA